AUGCUGUUUGCAGUUCGCCAGCUAGAGGAGAAGUGCCCGAAGAUGCGAACCCACCUGGACCCUACCUUCGUGGACUCGACGAAAACCCUCGACACGGUGAAUCGUGGGGAAUAUUGGAAAGUCAUGCAGAAAUUCGGCUGCCCUGUACGAUUCAUGCACAUGGUACGUCAGCCCCACGAGGGGAUGAUGGCGCGCGUCACGGAUAACGGCGCAAUCUCCGAGACGUUUGCAGUGACCAAUGGAGUGAAGCGGGUCUGCGUACUCGCUCCCCUCUUCUUCCGUUUCAUGUUCUCAGUCAUGCUGAUGAGCGCCCUAGAUACAAAUCGUCUACAGAACUAACGAACAUUUUCUCUGCCGCAGGCGCAUACAGCCCCCACGCGUCUAUCUACAACCACGAUCCACGACCUACUCUUUGCCGACUACUGCGCGCCCAACAUCAGGACCGAAGAAGACAUACAACGAAGCAUGGAUCUCCUCGUUGCCGGGUGCUAUAACUUCGGCCUGACCAUCAAUACGGACAAAACGGUGGUCAUGUACCAACCGUAAUCCAACUUGCAACAUUGCGCUCCUCGAACCACUAUCGACGGCAACCAACUCAAAAGCGUGGACAAUUUUGCUUGUCUCGGAAGCUCACUUUCCAACAACACAAGAAUCGACGAUGAGGUUGCGUAUCGGAUCAUCAAAGCCAGCCAAGCCUUCGGCUGACUGCGGAACUCCCUGCGGAAUCGUCAUGGCAUCCAACUGAAUACCGAACUGAAGAUGUACAAGGCCGUCGUCCUGAAGACACUUCCUUACAAAUCUGAGACCUGAACCGUCUACUCCAGCCACGCCAAGAAGCUUAAUUACUUCCAUCUUAACUGCCUGCGCAGAAUGCUAAAGCUGCGAUGGCAACAAAGGAUCCCCGACACGGAAGUCCUAGAACAUACCGUAAUCCCUAGCAUUCACGAUAUGUCGAGGCAACUGCAGCAACGUUGGAGUGGCCAUCUCGUGAGGAUGGAAAACAAACGACUACCGAAACAGCCCUUUUUGGCGAUGUCGUCGAUGCCCACCGAUCGGGUGGACGAAAACGGCGCCCGCAAAAGGCGCACUCGAUAACAGACGCUUUCUUAAACAGUUUUUAUUUUUUCACUAACUUUUGAUGGCGUUAGGAUUUAAGGUAUAUUUUUUAGAACAGGUACGCAAGAACAUUCGCCUUUCUAUCUAGCUGGCAGAUGCAAUAUCGUUAAAUUUUAUGCUCGCAAAAAGUUUAUAAAUACGCGUUUCUAGGGCCACAUAAUGCUCACAUGAGUAGUAUAAAACCCGUCUGUUUGUGAGUGCACCGUAUCAAGUAUACAACAUAGUUAAUAUUCAUAGCAAACUUUUGUCAGUGCUCUUCGGUAUUGUCGUAAUAUUAUGAAGGAAUAUGCGGUUUGCUCACGUGAGAAGUGUGCAACUUUUAUUUUGCCAGUGCCAAACGCAAGUGUAAUGGAAAAUCGUACCCAACAUUAGCCGGGAAUUGAAAAAAAAACUUGAAAUACCGAAAAGUGCCCAUUUUGAUAGCAUACCAUGAUGAUAAGAAACAAGAGAAAAUAAGAGAACAAGAGAGGAUAUUUAUCUACAAGUUUUUCCGGACAUACGUUUAAACUUAAAAGGGCAUUUAAAAUAACUGGAAAGGCGUAUGCGUUUCAAGAAGUUGUUUUUUACCUCCUGCUUUAUGCGGGCGACUAAGUAAGCCCACAUCUAUUAGCCAGCGUCCUGGCGUAGCUGAAACACCUCGAGAUUAUGAUGCAUGAUAACGAAUAUUAUAAGCCCACCUAGUUAAUCCUUUCUAGUCGAAAAUACACUCAGGAAUUUUGGUUAACAUUUCAUGACGCACCCAAGUAAUGAAAACCUGGUCCAUUGUGGACGCACCAGUCAUGGGUGGCACGCAUAGACGGGCCGCCUAACUUUGUCAGCCAGUGCACCCAAUCCCUCCUUCAGCCUUUCUAACUCUGUUGUGACAUUUGGUUCAGGUCGGGGUAGAGUGCUACGGGUGCAGCGCAGGUCAGCUGUCGCGCAACCUUCGUCGUCCCUGCGUUCGACAUGCUUUGGUGCACUCGGUGGGCAUCAUCGAUGGACAUGUUCGAACUGUCACUGUGGAUGCAGCAAAAGUCCCCCUCACCAUACAUCAAUUAAUGUGCAGUUUGUCGCUGCCUUUUCAAGUGCGAAGGACCGUCGUACAUUACAGGAGAGCGAGUUACAGGCUCUAUUUACCAGAUACAGGUCAUGUCGGUGGAAUAUGGGUGUGUCAGAAGCUGAUUAAGAUCUCUACGUAGUCAAAUAACCCAUGACCACCUCCCCCCCUGUUGAAGGCUCAGACGUAGACUCUACUUUGCCUUUAUGUCUGAGUGGUCAACGCCCCCUUUUCGAUGCCUACCUACCGUCUCUCAUUCUACCUACCUUUUUCAAAGGCCUCAAAGAAGCUGUCUCCUCAUUUUGUCUGCAGAGUUAUGAUUACCUUUGUGCGAAAUUCUCUUUUUCAUGUCUUCCGAUUGAAUAUCUCCCCCUCUUUGAAGCUUUAUUUGCACAGCUAUCCAUUACCAAGUCGGGUUAAUUUUUUAUUAAGGGCACGUCAAUAACAACGGACCGGGCUUGCCUGGGCGUGUCGUCAUUGUUUUUUUGGCACGACACACAGGCUACUGCGGCACUGUCCUGUAUACAUGUAUUUUUCUUUGGAAGUUCCCUCACAUUAGAUUCAACCAUUAUUAUCGUCAUCUCCCGAGGAAGUCGGUCUUACAUCUGUACCUACUUAUUUACUCUAAGAAAAGUGCGCAGAAUGCACGAUUUGUAGUUUUUUCUUAUUUUGCACCUUAUGCCAUAACAGUGCCUCCUACUUCACUUGCUCUGUGACUAGCUAUUAGCACCCAUAGCACAUCUUUCACCGACAUUUCUGAUACAAACCCAGCGCCCUUGCCAGUUACCUUUCGUCGCUUUUAAAGCCGGAUCCGGCCCAGUUUUUAAUGUUAUGCCCUACUUUGGUAUUUUACAAUUGCUCACUAUAUUGCUCACGUAUAAAGUGUUUGCGUAAAGGGCCUUAAUCACAAAGUUUAUUUUUUUCAUAAUACAGCCAUACAUGAUUUUCAGAAGCAUCGGUGGCAUCUGCUAAUCACGCUGUUAGGUUUAUUUUUUCAUUUUUUACUUAAAAUGGCUCCCAUUCCAUCUUGCGCUCCGAGAAAUGUGGUGCAUCUCUCCUAAUGUGUGCACUACCCUGCACUUUGAACUACCUGGGAAGAUAUUACUGAUAAUACGUGCAUUUCGACGCCGUUUGAAUAGUUUUCGUACAGAUAUCAGAUAAUCAUUUAUAAUGCCAAACUUAAAAGCAACUUUCACGUUCUCUGUGACACUCCGGGAGUCUGUACCACAGGCCUUUGCUGACAAGGUUUGAUGCCACCAGUUUGUCUUUUGUGCCUCUUAUCGAACGUUUUGACACAAAUACAUUCCCCUGUCGGGGGGACUAUUGUGGCCACACUUACCUAGUGGCGGGUUACAUGCGUCAUUGUUUUUAAUGUAGUUGACAUUCUCACCGAUAUGGAGUCGGUUUCACUGCAUUAUUACUCUAACCAUCUCCGAACCCGAGUAUGCGUACCUCGUCAUUAGGUCUGUGUUAAGUGCCAAAAGUUAUAACAAUAAUCUCGUCACAACCAACUAGGACCAUCGCUGUCCCGAAGACCCAGUACUGUCUUGCACUUUCAUGAGGGCGACUUGCACGUCAUCCAUCUCUUUCGUUCCAGCGUAAAAUAUCUUCCCAUAUCGAGAGAAAAUCCAGAUGACCUAAGGUUGGUGUGGGCUCACUUGCCGAGGAAGCUAGACCGCGUCCACACGUACCAGACAUGCUGUGGUCUUCGUUUACACUUACCAUGACUCGAAGAAAAUUUACCCGGCUCUUGUCGUCGGGAUCGGCCAGAAAGACCACAUGUGGAGGUAGCCUGUGCAGGCCUGAGUUAUUUCGUUGGCUGGCGCCCAUUCAACCCACGCCUUGUAGUUUAAAGUAACGAGCUCAAUAUGCCCCACUCUCCCCACUCCCAGGUACGAGUGGUAAGUGCGAUUCAAGUCGCCUGAAGAUGAUGUGACCGGACGCAAUGUCUGACGUGGCAUAGAGUCUCGGUCUGAUACCCGCCUCAUACAACCAUUCACGCUCCAUGCACCAUUCGUCAUUAUCCACUCUGGCAUACUUGAUCACAUUAUCAUUGUACGAGUUUUGGACGAUGUUUUAAUCAUUGUUCAUGUGUAUGCAUGUAUUACCAAGCAGGCUCAUGUCGCGGCUGAAUUAAGGGGUGAUGUGUGUGUGUGCAUGGAAGGCAGGUCUGAUGGGUGCUGGUUGCGGCUCCUGACACUUGUUUGUCAGUUCGCAUGUAUCCGACAGGAUCAGUGUGUGGUCGCGGUAUGCAGGCGUACCGGAGACACGUUAGUAUUCUUUUUGAUUGUCAUCUGCCGUCCACCUUCCCUGAUUUGGUGGUUACAUACACAUUUUGUGCUUGGAUGAUAAAUGGAGAACUUUGGUGGUGGGCGUGAUUACAGAUGUCCGACAUUUGGACCUUUAUUCCUGACGUUUACUGCUCGACAGAAAGUCAUUGCUGAUGGUGGGCAUUGUUUAGCUGUACACCAAUCAAAUGAAACAAGUUCGUAUGCGGAAUCGUGGUAGAUGCUGAGCCGACGUUAGCUGUUAUGUCUUUCAAUUUGAGAAUAUGUUUCAGAAUGGCAUUACCGACAAAGACAAGGGGGGCUGGAAUGGCCAUUUCUGGCUUAUUAAUCGUUGUCAGCCAGUUAUUCCCAACCGCGAAGUGUGGAACAGCCGAGGCUCGAACUCGCGACCUGCUAGUUACAAGUCCACGCCUCUAACCAGUGGGCCACGAGCCCGUUGCCCUGUAGAUUUUCGAUCGGGAAUAUUCAGUGGCAGGGGCGCUCACCGAUCGUUCUUACGAAACUAACUCGUUUCGUUGCGCCUCACGGGCUCUCUCUCUUCUGCCUAUGUCAUGCGCCGCUGUGCGGCUGCUGGUUGGGCUCGGGAGAGAGAGAGCCCGUAAGGCACAACUGAACGAGUUAGUUUCGUAAGAACAAUCAGUGAGCGCCCCCUACCAUCAUAAUAUGUUUCACUCGCAUCCAACGAAGCAAUUGUGCAGCAUACAUUUGAAAACUUAGUUGACUACAAGCUUGAUAUUAUUGCAAAAGAAUCCCUCCAUGUUUUCAAAGCCUGUCAAAAUUUAGAUGAUGCCCAGACACCCCAGUAGGAGGGUCCCUCACAAGUUUAAUGCACCAACUGAUUGUCAAAUUAUCUACUACAAGACACCUGUUUUCAUUAGACCAUCUAGUUUUGUAAUUAACUUCCUCCAGGCCCUUCUUUGCCGGUUUGUCUUUCCACUCGCCUACCGUCCACGGUCUCCGUCAGACUUGACCUUCUGUGCUGUAUGUAUGAUAUGGGAAGCUUACCCAAUGAAAUCACCCAGGUCAUGCUGUCGUCCUCCUUUAUGGACCCGUCUUAGUGAGGAUUGUCGACUCACUGUCCAUUUUUUGAACUGACAUCAACAGCUUUUCCGUCAGGACUUCGUCUAUCCGGCCACUUGCACAUGCACUGACCUUUUUCGGUGUUUACAAGCAGCCACUAAACUAAGCAUCCCAACGUGCGCGAUGUGUUUGGCCUUCUUCUUAUUCAGCACUUUCGCCCACACUCUCCCUCAUGUUUCUGUACAUCGACAUCCACUCACUAGUGGCCGAAAAUUAUGCGCACUUUUUAUGGAGACCUUUACACAAAAUGAUAGACAAACACACAUGAUAAAUUCUGCUGUUUUGGACUUCUUACCUCCAUCGCCGUUGACGUGUGCUGUUGGCCAUGUACUGACGCCAAGACCACUUCUAUAGCGCACAACCUCCUCCCUCAACAAAGAGGCAGCCCUGCACAUUUUAUUCAGUUAGGCUGCUGGCGUACACAUGCGGUUGGCCAAAACCUUGUCCGCUAUGGAUUACUGCUGAUGUUGCUGCCACUUCACCUAACCCUCCAUACUGCACUUUCUCCCGAACGCGUGCGCAAGGACAAACUAACGGAGAGGCAUGAAACAGGCCGCAUCGGUCUUUUCUACCCAGCAUGCCUCCUAAAGCAGCGCCUGUAUUCUGUAAAGGAAUGACUUCUUAGUGCACCCUGAUUCGUCUGUGAAGCGGAAUCUGAGUGUGCGAUGGCUCGUUAGGGGGAGAUAAAUCUAAUUAACAGUUUUCCUUCACAUCCCGGAUCCAGUCAGUAAGAAAAGGCCCGUAGGACCUUUGCCCUCUACAGCACAAUGGAUGCGCACUUCAAUUUACUCCACGGGAGGACUGGAAUCUCGCAAAGGCGCGUCUCGUGAACCAUGUAAUGACUAAUUUCAAGCCUGUCUUGGCACCGUUCGGACAAAUCGGUUACAUGGCUGUUGCCGCCUGCCCUCCAAGAAGACAUUACCUACCGCCGAGAGUAAUCAUGAAAUCUGCAACCUUUGGUCCAAAGACGCUCAUGGGAUAUCCACCUCCGAAUUCAGGACCGAAAAAGAAGCACCGUUUUUCAACUGUCACCACUCAAUGUCUGCUUGGUUACAGAACCCGCAAAGAUGAGCACACCACCUCUAGUGCAGUUUUUAAGAGCCCGGAUUAACGAAACAGCAGAUGUAGACCAGAGAAUGGGUACAUUGCUGAGAGGGCUGGGUCUGACCCGACCAAAAAACAGACUUGGUAAUAGAAUCGAUAAGAAAUAGAAAUCAGGAGCAUGUACCCAAAUGGUUAUUUCUGGAUUCAAACUACCUCAGUAACUCAAAUUAUCCGCCACAGCAUAAUUCAUAGCAUAACGAUCAAAAAUAGAAGGUUACUUUAAUGCUGAUCAGACUCGUGAUCACUGUUUGACAUGUUUCAAGAUGCGCAGCCUGUAAAAUUAUGGAAGGAUUGUCCACUGAGCAUUACUGGAAAAUGUGAUAGGAAGGACGAGAAUACUCGAUAGCUUUGCCCACAUCCGACAAAAAUACUAAUGGCGCAUGCACUGUAUAAGAAAAUGCUCAUAUUUAACAAUAGUUUUCAUACCCAAUCUCCAAAUUCAGGCAUGAAAUGAUGGUCUACCCUGAAAGAAAGCAGCCCGCAAGAUUUAUACGAUCGCUCGGGCAUAAGGCCUCUAGUAAGGGGGGAUCAGAUUCCGACUCUGGACCACCGCGGAACCGGUCGCUGGUUGCUUAAUAAAUUGUCUAGAACUGUCGCUUGUUCUGUUGCUGCUGUCAUUUGUGACGAUGGGGUUCUGCACGACUUCGGAAGUUCAGAAAAAUAAAUUGUCGAGGAGUUAAAUCAGUGCCCACUUUUCUUACCAAUACAUACACGACAGUUCGAGCGUCGUUGCCGACGAUGUCUACCGUGUGCUCUAUAGCGGGGUGAGGGCAGGGACGGUGGUUUUCGCGUGGUUUACAGUGAAUGCGGACUUGUGCAGCAUCUACCGCCCUCUCUCCUCCCUCACCUGGACCCGGUGUCAAGACAGUCAGGAAGACUGGAGGCUGGAGAACGCGCAGAUGGCACGGUCGAGCCCGCGCCUUGGCGCGCCACUCCACACCCCCGGUCCACAAAGCGAAUGACCAGGUUUUUAAGUAUGAGCAUUUUCUUAUACAGUGCAUGCGCCAUUAGUAUUUUUGUCGGAUGUGGGCAAAGCUAUCGAGUAUUCUCGUCCUUCCUAUCACAUUUUCCAGUAAUGCUCAGUGGACAAUCCUUCCAUAAUUUUACAGGCUGCGCAUCUUGAAACAUGUCAAACAGUGAUCACGAGUCUGAUCAGCAUUAAAGUAACCUUCUAUUUUUGAUAGUUAUGCUAUGACUUAUGCCGUGGCGGAUAAUUUGAGUUACUGAGGUAGUUUGAAUCCAGAAAUAACCAUUUGGGUACAUGCUUCUGAUUUCUAUUUCUUAUCGAUUCUAUUACCAAGUCUAUUUUUUGGUCGGGUCAGACCCAGCCCUCUCAGCAAUGUACCUAUUCUCUGGUCUAUAGCUGCUGUUUCGUUAAUCCGGGCUCUUAAAAACUGCACUAGAGGUGGUGUGCUCAUAUUUGCGGGUUCUGUAAGAUGACUUGGCCCGUAUUUAGGUUGCGGUCUAUCCCGAAAGAGGGUCAGUAGGUGGCCUGAACUGUUGCCAUCGCGUCCCACCUUUGUGCUUUCGUUCUUCCCGUGGAUUCCUGGUUGGCGCGCAGUCCAUUCGUGUGCUUCAGCCGUCUGUUGAAAAGGUUCCAUUUGUUUUGACCUCUUAUCCCUUCUGUGCGGUAGGAUUAAAAACGUCCUCGUACAUUUAUGGAAAAUAAUUUGCAGUAGCUGCUCUUGUAUCAAUUAUUCGAAGGAGUUGACUGAGGCCCCCUGGGUGUUGAUAAGACCUUCGGAUUGUCAAAUCGCAAGCCUUCCAGCGCCCGCCCAAACGCCAGUUUGAUUGCAAAACAGAAAUAUUUUGAUUAUGCCAGUUUUCAGUGUUGCGCCUCAUUGGCAACACUCCAUAGGACAAGCAAGGCCUCGACUCCAAAUGCCGGCAAAUGCGUCAAAUAGGUGUGACUAGGUUACAAAGUAAGCCUUAAUCGGGGACCAAUCUACUCGAUGCUGCAGGACAGAAGCCUUUUACCUGAGCUUGGAGCAACGCCUCUAGUGGCGCCAUUUGUGUAUGGAGGGUUACUUAUCGGCGAAACAUUACAGGACGCGCUCAGCUCUAAACUAGUAAGGGUAGAAGGUUAACGCUAUUUUUAGACAGCAUGGACUGGGGGAACGGUCAAUUUCGUAAUUCUUCAACGACGCGUUAGCGGAAAAGUGAAUUUUAAGUUGGAGUGUUUCCGGUGACCUGCGAUAUACCGCUCCACAUCUCUCAAGCUGGCAUUUCUCACUGUGUUCAAUACUUUAUGGUAGUGGUGAUAUUGCCUUUAUGACAGUCCCACUCUGUUGGGGUCCGAGUCGCCCUUUCCCUGUUUGUGUGAAAACCCGGCUCAUCGUGUACGGACCAGGCGUGCGUGUCGCGCGUAGGCAGGCUGCUUACUUUUGCCAGCCAAUGUGCCCGAUCGAGCCUCCGGUCUUCUUGACUCCGCGCAUAGGGCGGUGAGAGAAUAAAGGGCGCGGUAGAUACAGCGCAUGUUUUCUAUUACCAGAAACUCAUUCACAAGCAAAUCACCGUCCCUGCGCCUAUCCUGUUGUGGAACACAAGAUGGGCAUAGUCGGAAACGACUUUCGAACGGUCGAUUGCCUACCCAGAUGGUCCUGUACCGAGCUUGCGAUCCGUCAUAGCUGACAUGUUUACGAUUGCCUGCGUCGCAAUGAUCAGAAUACAAACUGUUUCGUACUUAUGGAGUUGCGCAGAUGCCUCCUCUGCCCAAUCACGCGGAAACAACUGCCUUAGGCAGCGAUGGAGGAAAUUGUGCGAUGAACGACGGAGGUUUGGUGCAGUAAUCACAUCACUUGGAGUACCAACCAAUCAUCCACCUUCGUAUAAUUAUACUCCGAAACUUUUUGACAAUAAUCGCUCCAUUUAAUGAUAGUUAGCAAACGUGCAGUUAAUAUGUCUAACUGCGAUUGUUGUGGAAUAUUUUGCAACCUCAUAGCCGAUAUCUACUCCCUCAUGUGUGCAGGUGUGGGCUUACCUUUCUGCCUUCAUAUCAUGCGUUUUUUUCACAAAGGACUGUAAUUAAUUCAAAUUUCCUGUUUUCUGUCCCCUGUAGGAAAAAGCAGCUCGUGAUCAUACCGAUCAAGAGCUCAACUUGGCGCUAGCCCGACAUGGUCACCAUCUCGCACAGAUGCUGCGCCUUAAACAGGAGGAGAUGGAGCACCAGUUUGACUAUCGUCUAAGAGAAGCCUUGACAGAACAAAAACAGGCUCUCGAGGGCGAGCUCCGCAAGUGGAUAAAACGCAUGGAGGCUAUCGAGCAGGUUGUGGACGGCCGCGCUGACAUUGAUCGCGUUGCUAAAGAGACUCAGGCCUUGUGGCUAGCCGUGGAGGCCUUGGCCUUCACUCUGGAGAUGCCCUUCUCCAAGAUCGGUGCCACCGGCACACCAGUGCGCAACGAACUGAAGCCCUUCUAUACCACCGCGCCCCUUCGCGAGUUUAUUAAUGACGUGCAGAAAGCUGCUACUCGAUCGGGUAACCACGAAUUCGCCCUCUGCAUUGCAGAUAGUCUGCCUAUGGAAGUUUUGGAAUCGGGCGUUUGGACACGACAGGGUCUUCUGUCUCGCUUCAAUAAGGUAUUUGUUUAGCCUCGACCCUAUAUUUUUUAACAGCCGAAAAUUAGACUACAGAAAACUAGGCCGGCACCUCGGAAAGCCUACUUUUUAAUUUCCAGUAGGCGUUCCCGUUAAGCCAACAGGGUCGCAUUUCAUUACCUUCUAACAUCCUCGCCUUCUUGUGGCUCCGAUUCCCGUGGUUGAAAAUUACCGGCUCUGUACUAACCCCUUGCUUAGUUAACGCUUGAUGUCUUGAAAUGUAUACUUGACAACGUUCGCGAUUGAGCAGACCUGCAUAUUUUUGUUUCUGUUUGUAAUGGCCGUUUUGCGUAGCAGCAUAUCAGAUUUUCUACUAAAUGUCCACUUGGUUUAUUUUAUCCCGUAAAUGGAUCCUUUUGAUCCUGCACAUGAGUGGCUUUCGACUAUCCGGCUUAAUUUGGGGACGGACGUUUUGCCCAAGUGUCUCGAAAUUGAGGCGUCUCCGCCUACUUUCAUGUUUUUUGUCAGCGAUGCUUGUCCUUCGGUGAUAACCCAAUUUCGGUGCUCUGCUGGCCAAAAAUUGUUUCCAGCGGUGGACUGUAAAUGCAAACUGCGGGUUGAUUGUACGGUCCCUCUGCAUUUUUCGCAUCUGAGCCCAUAAAAACUACAUUGGUUGCCAAGUGCGUGAUUAAAAUCUACACCUCGACCUCUUGGCCAUCCGUAAUAGCGCCCUUGCGCAGGCAUAUAAAUCCCGUAACGCAGGUGAAUUGUUCAUCGUACCUUUAUUUUUAAACGACUCAUCUUUUGGGGUACUGUUUCUUUGAAUUCUACCCCUAGAACUUUAUUGCGCGGUGACCAUCUUUCACAGCUUGUCUCAUGCAUGCAAAAUUGUAGGCCGCUACCUACAGGGCAUACGAUUGCAGUUUGUGCUAUUUCGGUUUUCCAAAACACCACCGUCUCUAAUUCUUCUCUGAGGCGUAUGACGCUCAGGAUUUUCCGAAUGCACAGCUACCGUUCGUUCUCAGGUUUUUAGAUUUGCGUCGACGCGCUGAUACACUUGUUUAAACUGGCAGUACUUCCUUAGAGUAAAAACAGCGCUUUGGUUUCAACUGCCAACGUUCGCUUCAGGGAGUUAAUCUUUCUACCUUGAAGUAGCCAAGAUCUUCGUUUGCAGAAUAACAUGGUUACUAGGUUAUUAGCUUCGCUGCGUCGGCUCCCUCUGUACAGUGUGUACAACCUGUCAUUAGCAAUUACAAUUGCCGAGGUCCAACCCCCAGCGAUCAAAUGGCCAACGGAAGUCAGGGACUUAACUGACCGUGAUUUUAGAGAUACAUCAGUAAUAUUUUCACGCUUGUUUCCUUUUUCUCAGGUGUACGAUGUAUGCAGAAGCGUUGCCCUUGUGGAUGAAGCAGGCUGUUCCCUCUGGAGCUACUUCAUGUCCUGGCUGCAAUCCAAACUCCUAUUCGACAGCUUCAGUCGUCGACGCCUCAUUUCUCGCUUGCCGGGUGCCGCCUCACCUCUGCUCACCCCAGAUUCCGAAAUUACCGAUGGCGAGACUCCAGACACCUUUUGCCUGCUGGCCAGCGCCAAGGCUGCACUGAUGCCCGCCUCUGACGCUAUGGUCAGCGUAGACUCGGCGAACUGCAGUGACAUUGAGUUUGCUGUGCGUUUGCUCAGCCAGUUGCGUGGCCAGCCAGCCGCGGUAGUCGCCGAUUGGUUGGAGGACGCGAGACGCUUUCUCGAGGUGCACCAGGCUGUACAGGCCUUACUUGCCUAUACCACCGCACAGAACAUUUCAACUUUUGAAGAGCGUCUUUAG